AUGGCGGCAGCAUACGCAGCUCUAGUUUCUCUUACGAAUAUCAUCGAUCAGAUUCAUGUUCAUCCUCGUCUUCCAAUUUCUCUUGACAAGAAACAGUCUGAAUCUCUCGUCGAAAAGGUCGGUUUCUUGCUAGAUUUCAUACAAACCGAUUCGAAUGGUGCUAUAACCGAAGAAGCACAAUUUUUGGAGAGACAAAUUGCAUCCGUAACCUAUGCGGCUGAAGAUGUAAUCGAAUCUCACAUAGCCAACCAACUUCAUGCUCGUUCAAUUUUCUCGCUCGACCUUGUGAAGUUAAUAGAAGAAACGAAUUCCAUCAAGAAAGAGAUUACGGAGUUUAAAGAGGCUCCGGUUAUUCUUAAGAAUAUCAUGGAUCAAAUUCAGGAUUAUCCUCGUCUCCCGUUUUCUCUUGACAAGAAACAGGCUGAAUAUCUCGGCGAAAAGGUUGGGUUCUUGCUAGAUUAUCUAGAUAAUGAUACUGACGGGGUUAUGAGCAAACAAAUCGAAGUUUUGGAGAGCCAAAUUGCAUCUGCACCCUAUGCGGUUGAGAAUAUAAUUGAAUCUUACGUAGUCGACCAAAUUCACGCUCAUUUGACUUUCUUGCUCGACCUCAUGACGGUAAUAGAAGACAUGGAUUCCAUCAAGAAAAGGGUUAUGGAGUUUAAAGAGGAAAGACGUGGAUCCAAAAAUCGAAAGCCCACGUACUCGAUGCCUAUUACUACUAGUACUUCAUCAAGACUUGUUACCAAUGGCAAAAAUACUAUGAUCGGAUUUGAUGAGAAGUUGAUUCAACUAUUGCACAGGUUCACGGGACAACCAUCUCAACUGCAAAUCAUUACAAUCGUUGGCAUGGGCGGCAUAGGUAAGACUACACUGGCAAAACAUACUUAUGAACAUUCACUUAUUACGAAGUAUUUUGAUAUUCGUGCUUGGACUACAGUAUCUCAAACAUAUAAUGUGAAAGAGAUUCUUCUGCAACUAGUUUAUGGGCAAAGUAAAUCUCGUAAUACUGAAAGCAAUAGAGAAACGGAGGAGGAAGUAGGAAAACAAUUAUACCAAGAAUUAUGGGGUCGGAGAUAUUUGAUUGUAGUCGAUGACAUAUGGAGCAUCGAAGCUUGGGAUAAGAUACACCGUUUCUUGCCAGAUAACAACAAUGGAAGUCGAAUUGUUAUAACUACAAGGAUAUCAAAUUUGAGUAUCCGCGGCUCUCAGUGCCUUGAGUUGACGUUUUUGGAUGAAGAUAAAAGUUGGAAACUUUUUUGUGAAAUGGCAUUUGGUCUGGAAGGUUACCUUCCAGAACUAAAAGAUAUUGGAAAGGAGAUUGCUAAUAAAUGCAAAGGACUCCCCCUUUCGAUUGUUGUGAUUGGUGGACUUCUUCGAAAAUCCAAUAGAACACAAGAAUAUUGGAAAGAUAUUGCUAAAGAUUUAAUCUCGAUUCUAAAUUCAGGAGAGCACGAUGACUGCUUGAAUAUAUUAUCUUUGAGUUAUACUCACUUGCCUACCCAUCUUAAACCAUGUCUUCUUCACAUGGGGAUUUUUCUAGAAGACAAGGAGAAUUAUGUCAACGAACUAAUCAAACUUUGGGUUGCCGAAGGAUUUAUAAAACCAAAUGCAAUCCAAAGCUUGGAAGAGAUUGCACGAGGUUACAUUAAUGAUCUCGUUGAAAGGAAUCUCAUUCUAAAACAUAAGAUGGGAUCAAAUGGAAAAAUACGAACUUUUAAGAUCCAUGAUCUUAUGAGAGACUUAUGUCUCAAGUUAGCUCAAACAGAGAAGUUUAUAUGUAUGUUGAAAGACAUUCCACAAGGCAUAGAUAGGUAGCGUCGCAUUAUAUUUA